CCAAUUUAAACAAAAGGUGGCGCUUUACCGCUGGGGAAAUUUUGUUUGAUUAAAAGAAAAAAUCGGAAAUUUCUUGAAUUACUUUGUAUUCUAUGUCUGUGUUUCUAUAAAUAGAAUUCACGAAAUUGUCAGUACAAACACAGAGAUCUUAUUAAUUUACGAGCUGGGAGUCUUGUGGCCAGCAUAACGACAGGUACCCAUUGGAUUGGACCCAUUUUUUUUUGGAUUGAAAAUACCAGUCUUCAUUGAGAUUUGAACCCAUGACUUAAGGUUCGGAAGCCAAGCACUUAACCGCUUUUGAUUUACAAGGUGAUCAUCACUCGUCAAUGAUGUCCUGCAAGAAAAAAAUUCAAACUGAUAGAAAAGUAUCGACUGACCUAGCAGACUUAUCAAGUCUUGGGGAUGAGAAUCAAGAUACAAACUGUAUAGACCUUUGUUUUCCACAAGACACCUGUGGACUUAAUGUUUGUCUAAAGGAUCAAUCUGACCUAGCAGACUUAUCUAGUUUUGGGGAUGAGAAUCAAGAUACAGAUCCUCAUCAUUUCACCAGUGACCAGUCCAAAGUUCAGUCAGAUGAUGUUGAAGGUCCCCUAAUUGGUGAUCAUGAAACUCAGGAGUCAGAAGGUGGAGAAGCUGAUCUACACAAAUAUCUUGUUGGCUGUAAGAAGAAUCCAGGUCAUAGACAGUUUAUACCUGUUGAUACAUUCACCUUGAAACAUUUACCUGAAAUUUUUCAAGACAAUGAUUUGUAUGAAUACAUCAAAGUUAUAGCAGACCUCACAGUUAGAGUAGGUGUGGAAAUGUCUAGUCCAGCCAGACCAAAGUUUUAUCCAAAGACAACUCAACCAUAUCCAUUUUCUAAUAUGCGUGAGAGAAGAAACUUGAGGACAGGAAGUGGAAGAGUGGGGAAUGUAUACAAGUUUCAAAAUGGAGUUAGACAAGAUAGAGUAAUUGGACGUACUUCCUACACAAAGUGUUGGUGUAGAAAAUGUGAAGGUUUAAAGUCAGCCAGCAAUGUGUGGUGGGAGUUUGAAGUGACCACAGCCACACAUGUGGUUUUUGAUGACAUUGAGGCCAACCACACAACCUUGAGACUGUUUUAUGAUAGAGAUGGAUGUCCAGUGGUCAGUGUUGAUAAGGUCAGUGUUGAUUAUGUAAACAUUGAGUAUGACUUGUGUAUGUUGAAAUGUGUGACAUGUGAUAAAACUUUAGGAAAUAAACUGAUGGGAAUGUUAAAAGAUUUUAAACCUGUCUGGUGGAAAGUUUGGAACAAAUACUUGGCCUCUAGAUCUAAACACAAGUUGACCUUUAUAGUGUCACAUCCUCAUGGUUGUUCGAAACAGGUCAGUGUUGGUCAAUGGAAGGACAAAGUAGAAGUAGAAGUGGGUAUUAGAUCUAAGUUUACUUAUACAACUUGUACAUGUCCAGGAAGUAGUGGAGCACAUGUCCAGUGUCUGGGGUAUAGAGACUUGAAUUGGCCUGAACUUGUCCACAGUGGAAGUCUCAAGUCUGGAUUAAAUUACAGUGGAGUUGGUUAUGUCUAGUGAGUUGUUUCCCUUGUGAGUUGUCCAGCUCCACCAUGAAGACAUCUUUGAGAACCCUUGACAUUCUGAACAAUAAAUGUCUCUUUAGUCUUGAGAUAAAUACAUUUAUACUUUGUGAUAAAUAUUUAUAGAAACAUUUUGUUUUGGACUUAGAAAAAAAAUCUUCCUAUUGUCUUAGAUCAACUUUUGUUCUAGUUAUGAAAAUAAAGUGUGUAUAUUAUCUUUAAA